UCCUAUCCGCCAUCUUCUGUCGCCAUCUUCUGAUGGAUUUUUAUUGAGAUCGGGAUUUUUCCUAAAUUCAUGGAUUUAGAGACCACCUAGAAUCAACCCUUGGUCCCAAGGACGCUCAGUGCGAUGGAGUCAGCAUGACGCAUCCGAAUUUAGUGACGAAUGGUGCAAGUCUUGAGGACUGUCACACAAAUUUCUUUGCAUUGGCUGACCUGUGCGGUCUGAAAUGGAGACGACUGAGUUUAGAGCCAGGCCAGAAUCUUUACAGCGAUGGGGGACCCUCGGACCCUGUUCUUUCCUCCUUUGCCCGCUGCCUGGGUGCGGACCUCCUGUGCGUCUGGCGACGGGUGUCCCGUUCGGUCCAUCCAAGUCAACAUCGUCGCGAACUGUGGCUCUUCUGGUACGGCGAAGAACCCGACCUGACCGGAUUGGUCUCUCCGGAGCUCACAGACACCGAGCAGGGAAGCUGGGAGAAUGGGCUGUCCUAUGAAUGCCGUUCGUUGCUCUUCAAGGCUCUCCACAAUCUAAUCCAGAGGUGCCUACUCUCUCGAGGCUUCACGCGUCUGGGCAGAUGGUUUCUUCAGCCCAGUGAUGGUUCAGAGAAAGACAAAGGGUCUCCGCAGCUGACGUUUGCCUUCAACUUCUUUGUGCACGGGGACAGCACAGUGUGCGCGAGCAUCGAUGUACGCCAGCAUCCGGCCGUGUGCAGGCUCACGAGGCAGCAUAUAUUGCACGCAUCUCAUACGGGGGCUAAAGUGAUCCUGGGUCCGUUUGGCAUGGCUGGCAUCCUGACGGGUCAGGGUUUCAAGGAGACAGAUGGGGGAGCCACACAGGCUAUGUUGGCUGAAUGGAGCCAAUUCUUUCCUCUUCCUAAUCCAUCCCAGUGGGGAGCCACCGAUGCCUCGGAGGAAGAUUCCCUGCCCAGUGCGGUGGAGGUCGUUGUUGGUGGCGUGAAACUACGUUACCCGUCUGCGUACGUGUUUGUUGUGGAAACGGACGAAGCUGUUGUGCGACAGCCUCCACCGCCACCGGGUCCCGCUCCUCCAUACAACUGCUCCCACCCAUCCCAGUACCGGUCUGGGCCCCCUCCUUACCCAGGGAUCAAGCCUGUUCCACAAACAGGUUUGCUUACCGGGGUGCUUACACCUCCAACCUCCCCCUGCAACCCGGCAUAUGGCGCGGCGUUACGCUCGGGUACAACGUUGGACAGCGGGGACCGUGCUGUAUACAUGUCGCUCCUUUCGCCUCCACCGUUGACGGCUAUGAAGGUGAAAGAAUCAGCCUGGCAGGAUGCAACACGUGGUCCAGCUGAUGUUACAGAUACGGACGGUGAUUCAGGAGGAUGCUGGGACUUUGUGGAGCCAUGCAGUCUCGGACAGUGCACUUGCUUCAGGUGCACCCGUAGCAAGACAAGUGCCGUGUCUCCCGUACCGAGCAGCUCCAAUAAAAAAAGCAGUCCGGAUAAAACGAGCAACUCGACGUCGCAACAACCCCCCCUGAAACGUACCAGUGGGGGACCGGCAACGCCCGGCGCAUCAACCCCGUUUCACCGGCGGAGCCCAGUACCGAACAUGCCCGUCGACUACGAAUCUCUCGUGCCGCCACCACAUCCCCCUACGAAGGUGGGCACGGCACACACACCGGGUGGCGGUCUUCCACAGUUGCAGGUCCCACUUGCACCACCGUCGUCCGUGGGGUCAGUGUCGCACCCGGGUACCCCGUUGCUUCUCCAUGAAGGAGGUCCAGCAUCGCAGCUCUCAGCAGCUGCGGACCCUGCUAUGCCGACUCUGUCACCUCAUCCUCCUCCCAGGGAAGACAGUGUGGCGUGCGCAGGGCCUCAAGAGGGUGGUCCCGCUGCUCCCAGAACGCCUCUUGGACCGAGGACGCCAUUGGGAACGGUGGCGAGUCCUGCAGUGCAAGCCGGCGACAAGGAGAAGCUAGCUGCUGAGCAGCUCAUGUCCCCCGCGUCGCUCCUGGACACGAAGCCCUCUCUGGAAGCUCCCCCAUCCUGCUCUCCCGGAGGAAAUACUUGGGGCUCCUCUUCUUCGACAGCUGCCACCCCGGCACCGCAGCCCGUGCCAGCCACUGGAGGUACAGAAGAGCCUCCCAGCACCCCGUCAGCACUGCCGUCAGGAGCCGUUGCUCUCACACCUACCACGAUGCAGUCAACCCAACCGACUGCCCCAACGUCCAGAAGCGGUCUCAAGAGACCAGCCUUGCCGACAGGGUCCCACGAAGUGGUGGACGAUUUGGUGGACAAUCAGGGCUCCAGCGGUCUAUUGUAUGACUACAGUACUGUAGUCGCACCGACAUGGGAAUUGCCUCCGAGCAAGAGGGCGCACAUUGGUCCCCCAAGAAGAGCCCACGCCGGCGACACCUACGGGCCGUACUCGUCUCACGUUUACAGGAGGGCCGAACUUUCGGAGUCCGGCGUAGCUGCGGGUGACACCCAGUUUGGCUGCAAAGCCUCCAACAAAGACCCGUACGAGUUCUUGGAUGACUUCGACGAGGAAGGCUUGGCAGCAGCAACAGCAGCGGCAACAGCGGAGACAUCAGGAGGCAGUGUUUCUCCGGCCGUGACUGCGGUGCGCCGUCCUGAUGCUUUGCCCAUCAAGGAGGAAGACAAAAAAGACUGUGCAGAUACGUGCUCAGAACUCGGGGGCAUCCUGACUCCCGGUUCCAACGGCGGUGCCACGGCCGUGGUAACGGGGGACACUGGCAAGGAUGGCAAGGAAGGGGCAAAGGGAGGAGUUGGUGGUGCUGCUCCAGGGGAGCUGGUGGGGGUGACAUCACCCCCAACGCCGAGGCACCCCGGGUUCACCCGCGUGGAGGACCUGAAGGUGACAGACUGCGACCUGGAGAACAUUUUCGACACCUCAUCGUCCGAUGAAAGUGGAGACGAUCCCUUUCAGGCCCCUUCCACGCCUAGCUCGACCAAGCUCACCGGAGUGAACGAUGAUCAUGUGACCAAGUCCAAGAACAGUGCCACUGCUGGAAUCCUGGGGGCAGCAGAACUGACACGCAUGUUUCCUACCCCACCUUCACUGGAGCACAAUGCUGCUCCCUCACCGUCUGGCCCAGUGGGAGUUCCGGAUCUCUCUCUCGGAGACGGCUUGGACCAGUUCUUUGGAAGGGGCUCGGACUACCUUAACUAUGGCAGCCCCAGUUUUGAAGGUGCCAGGGACUGGUCCUACGUCUACAAACCUCCCACAGUGCAAAAGUUUGUGAGUUCAUCACGCUAUGCGCCCAUGGGGAACCUUCCCAGUGCCUCCUUACCUCCACUGCCCCCACUGGAGUGUUCUUACAAGCCCACAUGGCAACAGCACAUAGCAGCAACCAGACCCAUUACCCCUACAAAUCAGGGUCCACCCCUACUGGCUCAGCAGAGGCAGUCCCUCCCACACUAUCAUCCUGCUGUCGGUCAUCCGGUGCAACAACAAGGGCACUUGUUGUCACCUUCUGGGAUGAUGAUGGGUUCCGGAAUGCACCAUGGCAUAGUGGAUCGGCACCCUAGUCACCACGUCCCAAUGCAAUUGCUGGACGAACGAGGCUGCUAUCCUGGGCCCAUGAUGGACCCAAGGGGAGCACCUCUGGGGGGCCCUCAAAAUAUGCAAGGGGGAAGCUACCCGAUGGACUACAACCACCACCCAUAUGGCAGUCGACAAGGUGCUGUGGGUCCCAUGGCCCACAGUGGCAUGCUUGAAGGGGCCCUGCCCCUGCCAGAGGCAGACCCUGUUCUCGUUAACCUUCUCUUGUCGGAUUCUCUGCUGGAAAUCUUCCGGGACCACAACUUCUCAUCUUGCACCAUCUGCGUCUGCAACAUGAACAUUAAGGGAGCAGAUGUGGGAGUGUACCUUCCCACAUCAUUGGUGCCAACGGCCAGCGAUGAACCUCAGUACAAGUGCACGUGCGGUUUCUCCGCCGUGGUCAACAGACACCAUGCCCACCGGACAGGUCUCUUCUAUGAAGAUGAAGUUGAUAUUACUGGGAUUCCUUAUGAGGCACCCGCACGUCCAAAGCUCCUCAACAGGCCAACAGUGCUGCCUCCGGCUGCUCUGCACGCCUUAAAGGUGGAAGAAGCCAGCCUCCUGGAAUAUGUACAGACUCAGUGUUCCGGCAUGUCCAUCUCGGCAUGUUCACUAUUGCACAAGGCCUUAGACCAAGGCGCAGAGCGCCUGGCUGCUCUGCCCCCCGUGGGGCUCACAUCGAGUGGGGCGUGUGCCCCGAGGGGAACGGCUCUGUUACCUGCUUUGGAUGGUUGUGAGGUGGCAGCAUCUGCCUUGGAAGCGUCCCUCUCUCGUGGUCCUCACGAUCCUCCACACCGACCGUCUGAGGAAUUGCUCAGAGCGUCGUGUCUACACCAAUGGCCCUACUUACAGGCGAGGUGUCCGUCGAGCAGCGCGGUGGCCGUGGGACUCCUGCGGACACUGCAGCCCCUGCUGCAAGAUGCGGUGCACAAAAAGCGCAAUCAGGGUCUUUGGGAGGUGACCUACCGGGUGGCAGGUCCCCUGACGUGGCGGCAGUUUCACCGUCUGGCCGGUCGAGGAACGGAGGACCAGUGUGAACCCCAGCCUAUUCCUUCUCUCCUGGUUGGAUAUGACCGGGAUUGGUUGGCCCUCUCACCAUUUGCUCUCCAGUACUGGGACAAGCUCCUCUUAGAACCAUACUCUCCAUCACGGGAUGUGGCAUACGUGGUGGUUCUUCCCGACAGCGAAAUGGCUGUCUCCAGUGUGAAGACUUUCUUUCAAGAGCUGAGCGCCACCUAUCAGGCACUCAAUCUUGGCCGCCACUGUCCACUCUCCCGGGGGGGACUCCUCCGUGAUGGAAUGCUUCGCGUGGGGCGGUGCACGGCGGAGGAAGAGAACGCUGCUCCUUUGGACGACUGGUUUGCAUCUCUGGGGGAGAAUCCUGUCGCAAAUGGGCUGAGGAUGUACGCGAGGGCCUGCCAACAGCAGCUAGGUCCCCAUCUGGCUACACAAACGCUAGACAGGGGCCUCCUUGACCCUCCUCCGAGCUCUAAAAGCCAGGACAAGGGCCCUGCAGCAUCUCCCAGGCCACCUGCAACACCCGAAGGGGGCAGCCAAGAUGGGGCUCCCACACCCAAGCUGGAAUCUGACUCCUCGCAAGAAACCAUCUCAACACCCUCUAGCGGAGGAACGAACAACCAGUGUGGGUCACAAGCGAGUGGAAGCAACUGCAACAACGUGUCAGCGCCCCCCACACACUCAGCUCCUUCGAGCACGACUUUGUUGGGAGCAGAUGAGAGUGAGGAGGAAGGACCUCCCCCUGUACUGGUUGUGUAUCUCGUGGAACCGUUUACGACGGGCUCAUCUGACCCCCAAAUGCUGCGGUUGGCGGCUGCAGGACUGCACCGCUGCUUCACCCAGAUUCAGCGCUGUCUGCCACAACAUCUACAGAGCAAUACCCAUACACAGGUUGUGACAUUGGACUGGAUACUGCGCCAGGGAAAAGGUGCGGACCGCAGUCGAAGGCACGAGCAGCUGCGAGCACUGGCAUUAUCUGUGUUUUACCAGUGCACCAGGCUGCUAUUGCACCAAUCCAACGUGAAAUCCCUCACUGGAUUUGGACCUGCGGCUGCUCAGGAUGAAUUCCUCAAGAACAAACCUAAUGCUCCCCUGAAAGUGUGGAGCCCCCCAUUUGUGCUGGCCCCUCACAAGGAUAAGCAGACGGAGCUUGGUGAAAUGUUUGGGGACCGUAUGGAAAAGAGUGGAAUCCUAUUCUGUGCCUACUGUCUGACCGAGGACCAGCGUUGGCUCCUGGCUUCCGUGUCCAACGACCGUGGAGACCUCCUCCACAAUUGCACCAUAAAUGUUGAGAUUCCAAACCGAACUCGGCGCAAGAAAGCAUCAGCACGACGCGUGGGCCUUCACAAGCUUCUGGAAUGGGUUCUGGAAGUUGCAUCAAGUGGUAGCCAUCCAUGGCGAUUGGUUGUGGGCCGUGUAGGCCGUGUGGGCCAUGGCGAACUGCGCGAGUGGGCCGCGCUCCUUGGACGUCGCUCGUUGUUGCGAUAUUCCAGGCGACUGAGGGAGCUGUGUAAUCAGUGUGGUGCUACGGGUGGUGCAGUGAGUAGUGGAGCUGCAGCAGCGCCCCCUGCAGCGGGUCCCUGCGUGCUCUCUGCGUGCCUCGUGUCACUGGAGCCCGACGGAGCUCUCCGUCUCUUCCAUGACUGUUACACACCAGAUGAACGUUUCAGCUCUGCCUGCCACUCGUGUGACCUGAGCACUCCGCAAGAUGCCUCUGCCACGCACAUCUUGGUCUUUCCGACGUCCGCUACGACUCAGUCUUCGCAGGCAACUUUUCAGCAGGACCACAUUGACCCUCUUGGGGACGACGACGAGAUCUUCAAGUCCCUCACGGAAGACAUUGCCGUGGGCAAUGACUUCAACGACAUCCUGAACUGGACGGACAGUCCCGAAGCCCCUUGCUCUCCAACGAGGCGGUCUUCACCACCUGGGUCACCCGUCUUGGGUGGUGGUGGAGGAGGAAGGCAGUCCCCGUUUCACCAGUCGGGCGCACUCAGGGGUAAUGGCGGAAUGGGCGUGGACUCGCAGGAAGAGCCUAUGCAACUUCUACAACAGCCCUUAGCUUUAGGCUAUUACGUGUCUACAGCCAAGGCGGGACUUUUGCCACGGUGGUUCUGGGCUUCUUGCGCUCACCUAAGAGACUCCACUCCAGUCUUCCUCAAGAGUGCUCUCCUGCUCCACUGCCCUACUGUUCAUCAGAAUCAUGACGACAUCUUGCACAGCAAUCCUCAUCUGCGAAACUAUCAUCCCCUUGACUCCAACUUAACCACUGACGUGCUCAGGUACGUCCUCGAGGGGUACAACACUCUCUCGUGGCUGGCCUUAAAUCCUCACACUCACGAUCGUCAGUCCUGCUUGCCACUGCAUAUGCAGAACCUCAUGAAACUCUAUCAUGCCGUGGAAACCUUCCUUUAGGGUCAUCCUUCCUGGCAGUCCAUCGCUGAGGAACAUUAAUGGCAUUUGGUAAAUGAGCUUUUCCGUGUCGGUGCCAUUACUCUCGUGGGAAAAAGAUGGUGCACUGAUCAUGAAAACGAGGAGCAGCUCUGAAGAAGUAUGCACAAAGGGUAGUUAAUGGUGCUGCGAGUGAUGAAUCCUGGGUGUGACUCAAGAGGUGUGUACAGAUCUGCUUUUAUGGGGGAAAGAUUGAAUGGGUGAUGGUGUGGAAACCAUGACGGUCACUGCUGUUGCACUCUCGAAAAAGGAGAUUGGAGCCAUUACUCUAGAGGAGCCAGAACAAAUGUUGUCUGCGAGUGUGACGCACUGCCAGUUGUGUUCGUAGUUUGGGUCCUGCCCAAUCGGUUGCCACGGUCACAUUGACAGACUUCGCUGCAAGGUGGGUGGUAUGCUGCUGGAGUGGCAGUCGAGGGUGUCAUUCCAAAUUUGGGAGUGGCAUGGGGGGGAAGUUUUGUGAUGCCAUUCAAAUUUUAUUCUCCGGAGGCAUUUCUUCUUUUAACAAAUUUCAUUUUACCCCAACGCAAAUGGCGAUCGUUUUACGAGACGUGGGAGACGUGUCUUGGAGCCCCUAAAUUUGUUUUCUUUCGCUUUUAGUGUUCUUACAGUGCUGCUGAUUUUAACGCUAUGUUUUCUCAUGAAGAGAGGCGGUAGAGUGGGCUUCCAUUAAUUUGAGCUCGACGGCCCUGGCGGAAUGAUUCAGUGUAGAUGGCUUUUGCUUUAGAAUCAAUUAUAUGAUCUGUAGAAAUGUGAGGGUGCUUUUUUAAAACUUUUUGUAACAAGUAUGGGGCUAACUAAGCGGAGCAUCGAAGCCUCACGGGUGCAGUAAUUGUGAGAAGGUAGUUUCCCCCAAGGCCUGUAUCUUAUUGAACCAAUCAAUCCAGCACGAUCAUGUUUGCAGUCACUCGGGGGUUCCUUGACUAAUCAGUUUUUGAACUACUAUUCGUAAUUGAAAUUUGUGGAACAGUUUGUUCUGCGAAGCAAUCCCGGAACAAAAAAAAAACUCCUUGUUUUAAGGACAAUGCGCACUAAAAAGGAAAAUUUAAAAACACCGUGGGUUGGCAAUAUCCCCCUCCCCCCCAGCUUGCAUCUAGAACAGGCGUGCUCUCACUUUGGAGAACCAUUUUAUAACUCUCUGCGAUUUAUGCAAAUACAGCCACAGAGAUCACCAUUACAAACAUUGUUUCAAUACCAUGAUGCUUCGAAAAGCAUUGGCAACACUGAGGCAGUACAGAGAAUCUUUGGGGGCAGCUCAUUAUGCUUUUGCAUUACCGAAGGAAAUGUUUCAUCUUUCAAUAUCUAAGAAAUAUAUUCUUUUCUUAAAAAGCAUGAACCGUGCAGUGGAUAGGUAUCGCAGUUGCAAAUUUAAUACGUUUAUGCAGCUUUGCACGUGAGUUUCUCCCAGGCACGUGUAAUGGCUGAGGGAAGGUUCGAAGGUUGGGGGAUCUUUUGAGGGGUUCAAAAUGGCAAAAUCCUGCAGAGAAGUUAAUCUGUUCCACAAAUUCUAGAUAAUCUUAGUUGUGAUUCCCUUUGUGUGUAAAUUGUUUAUAGCUUACAAGUUUGCACUAAUCUAUCUGCAGAGACGUCGCAAAAUAGUUGUUAUGAAACACACGUCAACCUCCCAUUGACACUUUCCUGGUUUUUCUCGAUAGUGCGGGAGUCUCUCUUGAUGAUCCACACAGGGAAUAGUGUGCAAUCUUUCACUUCCUCAAGUAUGUCCCACUGUUGCUAUUUGUAUAGCACUACAAUAAUAGACAGCACAAUUACUGUUGCUUAUGAAGGUUUUUGUAAGUUCAUUGUUGCAAAAUUGUCCCCUCCUGGGUUGCGGCCCCCACCCAAUAUAUUCCACUUCACAUCGAGGGUUCGAAAUUCUGGGAAUUUAUGCAGCCUUAGGAUAACCUUUGUCGUUUUAUUAUGUAGGCAAACAUUGUGGCAGCGCCUCCUGAUAUUUUGCUAUGUGGACAACUUACAUCCUAAAAAUUCUCUGGAAUUUAUUUUUAUCUGUCGGCCCCCUGGUGUUCCCAAUGCUUUUAUGUGACACACAGAAAGGACGGCAUUUGACAUAUCACGAGUAAUCCACAGACUACGUGACAACGAGGCGCAGCUUCUCAAAAUCUGGCACCCAAGCGUAUAUCUAUAUUGUGUACAUAUGUUAUAUAAACGCGUGUUUGGACUGAAACACUUUAAGCUCCCCAGCACAAGAGAUCCUGUAAAUAUGUGUCGGCAUUGGUUGCCAUGGUGAUGGAGAUGAUCCAACGUUGUGUGUUUUUCAUUCAUACUCUCUAAUUUAAGGAAAAGGGGGCAAAUGUAAUGAUAUGUGGCAAGCCUCUGUCAAGGCAGAGGGGUGAAUGUAUUUUUGUGUCCUUUAUUUAUUUUCCUGUACAUAGAUUGUUCUUUUAAUGGGGCCUAGAAUCAGCACAGCAGGUAAAACACAAAGUGCACGUUUUUUGGUAUCGAUUUUUCUGCAGAAAUUUGUUAGAGAGGCAACCUUAGCUACUUAGCUUGUUAUAUAUGAACAUAUAUAUAUAUAAAUAUAUAUAUAUAUACAACUACAGUGGUACAUAAUAUUAUGAAAAAGUAUAUAUAUAUACAUAUGUAUGUGAAAAGACUGUAGUAGGAUAUAUAUGUAUAUAUGUAUGGAAUUCACUUCUCUGGUGUGAACAUAUGAUGACGGGUGGUUUGAAGGAACUGUUGUAUAGAUACUGUGUACAGCCUUAGCUCAUUUGAGACCCCUUUUUACAUGGCCCAAUCAUUGUGCUGUGCAAUGUCUUGAUUGUACACUUUUAUGAGACAUGUUGAUUAAAUCCUUGUAUCUAA